AUGACUCCUGCAAGCAUGUACAACGAAUACCAUGAGGCCCUUACUCAAGGCAAUCCAGAAUUGAGCAAAGAGAGAGCCACGGCCCUCAGGCUGGAGAAGGCUCGACGUGUCAUUGAGCCGAGCGAUGGCCACUAUCGUCGACGCCUUGCCUUCAACAUUGCUCGGCUUUCCAUUGUUGAGCAGUCAGUGAUUCUCCUCGACGGGCCAGCCCUGUUUCCUGCCUCGGAGCUGACCGGUGACGACUCAGAGAACCCUAACCUUCCUCCUCCAGCUGCCAUGAGCCUCCCUGCGGAAGACUGCGCUGGGUUCCAGCUUGGCCUGGCCUUCACUGUUGGUCUGAUCCCCAUCGUCGGCCUGUGGCUGAGCCACAAUAUGGUGCGUUUAAAGCUCAGUGAUAUGAAGCUUAGCCAUGAGCGGCAAACAGAGCUCCAGCAGAAGAUGGUCACGACCAUGUCCCAGGACUUUCUGCUUCGCCUCUGUCUCCCCUUGGUUGGACCUUUGGUCUCCCGCUAUGCACAACCCCACCACGCGAUCCUCAAGCAUGCCGAUGAACUGGUCUCUGCUCAUACUAAGCAAAUCCAGCAGCGCUUCGACAAGCUCGUCUACGAGACACUUGCAGAGAAUGGGCUUUCCCUCGAGCAGUGGGAGAGCUACAACGCGGCUAGAGUAAACGUCGCCGUCGCCGCCGCCGCUCCUCCUUCCCUUGCUCCUCCUGCGGCUGGGUGGGUCCUCCUCGACAGUGACGAGGCCAUAGCGCUCGAAUUGAUUGAGCCUACGGUGCUCGAGUCGGCUGACUCCGCUGCAGAGCCAUACAUCGUUCGGAUCCAGACUGGCGGCGUACAUGCCGCAAACGCCCCUGUUCUGGGUGCCCAAGUCGGUGCCAGCUCCGCUCCCAGGGAGCAGGUUGAUGUUGGCUGCCUAGACCCAGAUGACGUGGCCUCUUCGUGCUCAUCUGAGUACAGCUUCUCGGUUCACCGAGAAUUGUCUAUCUUCAACGAGACCACAUCUGUCGCUGGCGAGGAUGCCGAGACCCAAAGUAGCUCGCCCGCCGUUGUCGUCGGUGCGGAGCAAACUCCUCAUCCUCGCAUCAUGCUAGUCGAUCCAAUCGCCGAUACGGCCGCGAUGGAUAUGAGCUCGUCGAUAGAUGUGAGCACGCCGGUGAAUCGGCAGACCCUUCUGAUCCCCGGACAUGUGCAGGGCAUCACUCAGACUGCGACCCUGUCUCUCACAUGUGUUGUUGAGUUGCACGACUCCACGCCCACCGUUGCGAUGCCACCCUAUCUCGAGGCCCUGCUCGCCUAUUGGCCACUCAUCCAACAUCCAGUGCCUCAGUUGAAUGAUGAUGAGGAAGAAACCAUCCCAACGACCGUCCUCCACGUCCGCCGCAUCAUCAUUGAUAUCCCAGAGAUGGCAACGAUCGCGGUCGCAUCCGUCUCCAGAUCGGCAACGCUCGCCUUAUCCAGUUCAGCGGUACCAGCUCCAAUGUUCUCAGCAACCUCGGGUCCUGGACUCAUCUCUGCUAGUGCUAAUGCGUCAGAGGUCUCGGAUACCCCUCAGCCUCAAGCAUCAGAGGUCCAAGCCUUCGCAGAGACUGAUAUUGCUUUUACCUCCCAACACAACAAGCCCACACCUACAAACGACUCGUCCAUCCUACCAACGUCUCAACCAGACCUCGAGCCAGUCGAAGUGGCCUUCUCAUCCUCUUCAUCCACUCUGUUGCUCUCAACGACGUCGUCGCCAUCUUUGUCGGAACUGGAGCGAACAGCCGUCGCGCGCCCUGCGAUGACGACUACUACCGACCGCCCAGAGGACCUUCCUACACGAUUCCGUGACUUGUCGAUUCAUAUGCUUGAAGCAGGACCCACCCGUGCCAACAGCCCCAGUGCCUCCGAAGAUGAUGAUUCAUUUACCACAAUAAUCGCCGCCCUGCCAAAUGAAUCCCGAACAGCCUCCACAUCCUCAACAUCGUCCUCGACUUCAACCCCUGCUCCCAGAUUAAGGCCAUCACAUCUCCAGGUGCCUCCCACUUUUGCCACCGCAGGUCGAUUCCAGUUCUCGAGCAGCAACGAGGUCUCGUCUGAAGAAGAGGGCUAUGGUGGCGGCUUUGGUCGCGACGAAGCUGACGACGACGACGUUAACCAACAAGAAGACUCUCCUGGCGAACGAAAUCAAGUCGACGCCACUUUCGUCGACAGUAACCACAACCACCAGCAAGGAGCACAACCCCAAGCGAGUGCAAUCGGCUCGGAGGACGAAGGCGUUGCUAGAGAUGACCGUGGCUUUAAGGUCGUCAGGCCUAGGGUUCGACUCCGCCCCGGCUACAAGUUCCGGAACCUCAACCACGAAGAACUGUUCGUCGGUUUCGACAGCGUCAGCUCCCGCCUUGAUGACUAUGAUCGCAAUGACCGGCAGCAGCGAGUCACGGGAAUGAGUAAGCCGCGAGAGUGCGGCGAAACGCAGCUGGACUCGCUUGCAGUGAGAGUCUCUAGUUUGACGACGCGGGAGCCUCUUCAAGCCAGAAAUCCGGAUCCACGGAGCGAUCUUAAAUCGCAUUGGAGCAGCCCCCAAGAUGCCGAUGUGGCGACCUUAGACGCAGCAUUUGUCAAUCUCGAGCUGAAUAGAGGUCCAGCGAGGACUCAAGCCGGAGAACUAGCUCGAGGAGGCUCCCACGUCCAGCGGGAUAUCAGGCAACCGUCAGUAACAGAAGAGAUGCAAGGCUUUGUUGGAGUUGUAGGGGACAAGGCUGAGAUCGAGGAAGAGGACGACCAGGACAACGGACGGGAUGUUGAAAUUCAGGCGUUGGCUAUUGGGGAGCACUGGCAGUCAAUAAGAAGCCGGGCCCAACACCCAACAACCAUCAUGGCCUCUCAGGAUAGAAGAGAGAGUGUUCUUCGAUCUCCUCUUCCUCUUCACCCUCCUCCAAUUCCCCCCCGCCCUCCCUAUCGAUCUCUCUCCUUCAUUCGCAUUAUGUCUCCAGGUCGCGAUUCCAUGCCGUCGAUCUCGUCGUCAGCACCACCAUCGCCUCUACAGCAACAACCAUUCGCACAACCUCAACAACAGGUUCGCUCAGUCACCGACCAGCCUUUGAACAAACAACAACUGCUCCUCCAACACGUUCAACCACCUUUCCAACAACAAAGCCUUCACGUCGGAGGAGCACCGACCUACCACCAGUGUCCAACAGCUACCAGAACCGGCAUCCACAGCAGCGAGAUUUCCGUCCCCCUCGGCAGCAUGGACACCUACGCCGCCAGCAGCGAACCACCAACAUCCACUACCACAGCGUUUUCAGCAACCAACACAGGCACAGGCGCAAGCGCAGGUGAGGAGUGGUCGACUCCACCAACCGAACAAUCAGCAAGCCUUCUCCUCUGCGCGCCCUUUGUCCCCAAGUUCGAUGACAGCGACGACGACAAGAUCCCUCCAGUCGUAGCUGUCCGCGCCCCGAACUCGCGCAGUGGGGUUCGUCUGCCGUUCCAAAACCAAGCGAGACAGCAGGCAAUGUUUGAAAGACAGCAGCAGAUCCCAAACCUCACGGUACCUUUGGUAUCGCAGAGGUUUUCUUGUGAUGCGACAGUUCCUCAGUCGAUGGCAGCAACAGGGGCGGCAGGAGCAGCGGGGGCGACAUCUAGUCUUGGGGGAGGAAGGAUGACGGAGCAAGCGAUCGAGAACAAGUUCUUACAGAUCUCGGAACCAACGCACAUCAUUGGGCAGAGGUUAAUCGCGCAGGAUAUUGCGGCUGUGAGGUCGUGGCAUGCCAGGCAUAAGCAGGACCAAAUGUGCACGUCCAGGAACAACGUCAACUCCUACACCUCGGAGUCAUCACCCUCGUCGGCCCAACAACCUUUCCGCCAGCAGCAGCAACAGCAACAGCAACAGCAACAGCAACAGCAACAGCAACAGCAACAGCAACAGCAACAGCAACAGCAACAGCAACCGCUCCAGUACCAACCACAACAACAGGUUAUUACCCAACAGCAAUAUCAAUUUCUUCAUCGCCAUCAACUUCAACAACCCCUUCAGCCUCAGCACCAACCAAAGUACCAAGAGCAGCUUCAGGAACAGGAAAGGACUCACCUCCCGGGGGGAGGACAACAGCGACCUUGGUCGCAGACAACGGACGAUCCAACUGAGGACCUGAACGGCGACUAUAGCACCGACGCAGACGCGGCGUUUCUCUCCGAGCGCCAGUUCCAGGACCCUCGACUCCUCCAACAGCAUCACCUUCAUCAGCGCCAAAGCACCACCAACAUCAAUGGCAGCAACCAGUUCAUCGAUGGACCCUUGGCUCCACCUCUUCAACCAUGGUUGGCCGACACAGCCUCGUCAUCCCAGUACCCGAGCUCAAGAAUCAUCCACCCUCGACUUCUCUUCCAACAGCAACAGCAAACUCACCAUCAUCAACAACAAAUCCUCUCCCAGCAACAACAGCAGCUCCAACAACAGUAUUUGUUGCCCAACCAGUCUGGAUUCAACUUUGGGCAAUACUCUCAACAUCAUCGACACCAACAAAUCAACAUCAACCCCUCUCAAACUCACAACGAACAGCCUGGGUUCCCUCCCCAACAGCACCACCACCACCAACAAGUCGUCCAACCAUCAUCUCAGUUCGUGUUGCCCUCCCAAGACCGAGCAUUCCAACUCCAGCGCAUCCUCCAACAGCAAAAUCACCACCACCAGCAGCAGCAGCAGCAAUGCGAGCAACAAGCCCAUCACGAGGAGAAGCAACGACAACUGCGGAUGCAGGUCCGUAUCCAAGACGAACAAAGGACCCGCGAGAUGCAGGGGCAAGAUCGGCUGUCGCGUGCGCUUUUGCAGAGUCAGAGUCUGGAGCAGGCGCGACUUGGGAUGGCUCUGGCGAAGCAGGUUCAGGUUCAGCAGGUUCAGGUUCCACAACCGCAAGGACUGCGGGGAGCGCAAGGGCAAUGGCAGGGAGGGCUUGUAGGAGAAGGAGGAGGAGGAGGAGGAGGAGGAGGAGGAGGAGGAGGAGGAGGAGGAGGAGGAGGAGGAGGAGGAGGAGGAGGAGGAGGAGGAGGCGGGAUUGGACAAGGGAGAGUCAGUCAGACCCCGCUGCCGUCGUUGAUGACAGCCGAGCAGAAUCACCAGUUGGAUGCAGUGCUGUAUGGGGAAUAUGUGCAGGAGUUGGGCGAGAAGGGGCAUGAUAAGGAAGAGCAGCAGAAGUAA